AUGACCACAAAAACGAGGCAGCGGCAGCACAGCCGGCGGUUGCUGCUGCCACUGUCUCUCUUGUGGUUUGCCGCUUCGGCGGUCGAGGCUCAGAGUGUAACAGGAUUGCUCUCUUUGCUUCCAAAUUGUUCUCUUCCAUGCCUCACCAAGAGUCUUCAGGUUGGCAACUGUAGCUUGGCUUCCGUUACCACCGUUGCCGAGUGCCUGUGUCCAAACAUCAAAUUGCAGUCAGAUCUGUCGACAUGUGUGCAACUAAAUUGUCCCUUCGAGGACCAGAUCACUGCCGUGGAACUCGAGGCCUCUCUUUGUGCCGAUUAUCCGAAGGAAUCAAGAAGUCAAGAAGUCAAGAACAUCGCCAUUGCCCUCUCCGCCAUCACCUUUCCGGUCGUCGCGCUGCGCUGCAUUUCGAGAUGGAUGAUCACAAAACGACUAUGGUGGGACGAUUGGACGGCGGUAUUUGCAACGCUGCUUCUCGCCGCGUUAGCUGGUGUUGAGAUUGCGAGCGCCGACCUCGGCUUCGGAACGCACUAUUGGAACGUCGAACCCGCCUCGGGCACGAAGCUCAUCCAGCUCUUUUACGCUGUUCAACAGAUCUACAUCCUCAUUCAGGUGUUCGCCAAGAUCUCGAUUUUGCUCUUCUUCUCUCGCAUCUUCCCGGCGCGAUGGUUUCAGCUUACGGUCCGGUACUUCAUUGCGUUCCUGCUCUCUCACGGCCUCAUCUUUUUGCUUGUCAUCAUCUUCCAAUGCACACCAAUUUCGUCGAUUUGGGAUAGAAGCAACUCGAACCGAAAGUGUCUAGACGUCACAGCUAUUGGGUACGCCGGAGCAGUUUUCAGCAUCAUUGAGGAUCUCGUCAUCUUGGUGCUGCCAAUCCCCGAGUUGAUCAAACUGCAGCUCAACAUCAGGAAGAAGAUUGCGUUGGGAUUAAUGUUUAGUCUUGGUUCCUUGUGCAUGUGUUACGACCAUGGUGAGACUCAAGUAUCUCGUCAUGUUUUCCAGCACGUUUGA